CAAAUUAACAGUGUUCCACUGUCCCGUCUUUCUUCCUUGCGCGCUCCUUUGCGGUGCUAUAGGGACAUUACAAAAGCAGCGCGGGGUGGAGAAGAGGCAAGGAGCUCGUGACGUCGAGAAGUCUCUCUCUCUCUCUCUCUCUCUCUCUCUCUCUCUCUCUCUCUCUCUCUCUCUCUCUCUCUCUCUCUCUCAGUGUAAAUAUCAGAUCAACCAGAUGAGCUGACGGACUGAAUGCUUCUGUAUAACAGAAGCUCUGCAGUAUCAGGCCACUGACCGACAUAUAUCUUUCUAUUGCUUUAUUUGUUUUCAUAUCAAUCCUGCAAUUCAUCGCCCAUAAAUUCUGUUUUUUUUUCCCCCGAAAACCUGUUUUGUUUUUAUCGACCAGGCAGACCCAAAUCCGAGGAAGAGGAGCCCUGAAGCUCAACCUUGAUCAUGAUGAAGCUUCUUGGAUUCAUUUCUUGAGGAAAAACGCGAGAAUUGAUUCAUCUCGGCCCCACAGAAGAUCCACAUAGAGUAAGAUGUUGCACUGCGCGAGGGGUCGGAAUGGCGCUGUGGGAAGGACUCUUUAAAAUUCUUCUUUGCCCACCCUGGUUGAGAUAGAGAGCAGACGCACACCUGCUGCAAGACCAGAGAGAAUAACACACGCUGGGAACAUCAGUCUGUAUCAUAUCUGGGAAAGAUGCUCGCAGUGCGUUAAGAUGCGCUGUUUUUCAGCACGCGAGCGGGUGCAUGCCACGCUGUAGCGCAAAUGGCACGGGCGAGCGCGAACAAAUCGCUCUGACGUUCGCGGGGGAACAGACGUACGAUGCUGUCAAAAGACGCGUUUUUCUCGUGGUGAUGAUGAACGGCUACAGCGCGCGAGGAACCGAUGUGUCCUCCACACUCCGUGGAGUCCAAACCUUAUCCUCCACGCUGACCACGCGGGGCUAGCCUUUACCGUUCUUCACACACACAACCGCACGUCUUCUCUCUUACUUUUUUGGAGAAAGCACACAGUUACGCAGAUCAGCGUCAGUUGGGGAAACGAUGGAGUUAUCCGAGGUCCGCUGUUCCAGCGCGAGCGAGGAGCUUUACACAAUCAAUAAAACCCCAACCAACAACAACGGCAACCGACCGAAGCGUUUGCUGUGGCAGAAUGCCGUGCGACACAUCACCGAGCAGCGCUUCAUUCACGAGCAUAUACACAAACCCGUCUCACCCGACGAAUCUCACGCGCAGGGCUCGCGCAAACAUUCAGCCGGCAGGACCUCGGUGAGCGACAGGCACAAUAACGGCGGCACAAAAGUCUUCCCCGAGCGCUCGAGCAGCGACCUGGGUUUCCUGCAGAUCGAUUGCGCGCCCAGCAACUCCGAUUUCUUUCUGAGUUGGGGCUACACAUACCGCGGGGUCAUCUUCCCCACGCUCCGCUACGCCUUCAAGUCCAGGGACCUCGAGCGCCUUUACCAGCGCUACUUCCUAGGCCAGCGGCGGAAGUCCGUGGUUGUUAUGAACAUUCUGGACGUGGUGACCAAGCUGACCCUGCUCGUGCUGCACCUGACCUUGGCGUCAACGCAGAUGGAUCCGAUCAAAGGAAUGCUGCUGGGAUUCUUUACAGGUAUCGAAGUGGUCAUCUGCGCGCUCGUGGUGGUGCGCAAGGACACGAGCUCGCACGGUUACCUGCAGUACAGCGGCGCGGUUACCUGGGUGGCCAUGGCCACGCAGAUCCUCGCCACGGGACUGGGUUACGGACUGCUCGGAGAUGGGAUAGGGUACGUGCUCUUCACGCUGUUUGCCACCUACAGCAUGCUGCCGCUGCCUCUCACCUGGGCUAUCGUUGCGGGACUGCUAACCUCUGCGCUGCACGUCGCGCUCCAGCUGCUGGUGCCACCUCGAGCGCAGAUCUCCACGAACCAGCUGUUAGCUCAGGUGCUGCUGUUCUUAUGUAUAAACACUGCAGGGAUGUUUAUCAGCUACCUGUCAGACCGCGCCCAGCGACAGGCCUUUCUGGAGACACGCAGGUGCAUCGAGGCACGUCUCCGCCUAGAGACUGAGAACCAGCGACAGGAGCGCUUGGUGUUGUCAGUGCUGCCACGCUUUGUGGUGCUGGAGAUGAUCAAUGACAUGACCAACGUGGAGGACGAGACCCUACAACACCAGUUUCAUCGUAUCUACAUUCACCGCUAUGAGAACGUGAGUAUUCUCUUUGCUGAUGUGAAGGGCUUUACCAAUCUUUCCACCACACUCUCCGCUCAGGAACUCGUACGAAUGCUCAACGAACUCUUUGCACGUUUCGACCGUCUGGCACACGAGCAUCAUUGUCUGAGGAUCAAAAUAUUGGGUGAUUGUUAUUAUUGUGUCUCCGGCCUACCUGAGCCCCGCCCAGAUCACGCUCACUGUUGUGUUGAGAUGGGUCUCAGCAUGAUAAAAACCAUCAGGUAUGUGCGUUCACGUACGAAGCAUGACAUAGACAUGCGUAUCGGCAUCCAUUCCGGUUCAGUUCUGUGCGGAGUUCUCGGUCUGCGAAAAUGGCAGUUUGAUGUUUGGUCCUGGGAUGUCGACAUAGCCAACAAACUAGAGUCAGGGGGAAUACCCGGGAGGAUCCACAUCUCUAAAGCAGCUCUAGAUUGUCUGAACAGCGACUACGAGGUGGAAGAAGGUCACGGGAAAGACCGAAACGAUUUCCUGCGCAGACACAACAUUGAGACAUUCCUGAUCAAACAGCCGGAGGAGAGCUUGCUCACCCUGCCUGAGGACAUCAUGAGAGAUUCCACCAACCAAUCAGAUCACAGAACCUCUAACACUUCCUUCACUGAGGGAACAUGGAGCCCCGAACUUCCCUUCCAUAACAUAGUGGGCAAACAGAACACUCUGGCUGCGCUCACACGUCACUCUAUUAACCUGCUCCCCAACCACCUGGCUCAAGCCCUGCAUGUGCGCGCCGACUCGCAGGAAAUUAACGCUCGCAUGCAGAGCGCCAUCGCCCUGCGCAGCGGGGACAAGCUCCGCCAAGAACAUAUCUCCCCCUUCUCUCUCACCUUUAGAGACGCACUGCUGGAGCACAAGUAUUCCCAGAUGAGAGACGAGGUGUUUAAGUCUAAUCUAGUGUGUGCCUUUAUCGUUCUCUUCUUCAUCACUGGAAUACAGAGCUUACUGCCCUCUGCAAGGAUGGUCACUAUGGUGAUACAGUUCUGUGUCCUGAUCUUGCUGCACUGUUGCCUUGUUGUCGUGACAACGGCAGAAGACUACAAGUGUUUGCCCUUGGUUUUGCGGCAAGCGUGUUGCUGGGUGAACGAAACUUACGCUGCACGAAACGUCGUCAUCUUCCUCUCCAUCCUCAUCAACUUCCUGGCAGCCAUGAUCAAUAUACUUUGGUGUGACUUUGAUAAAUCUUUCUCAUUCAGGAACCAGACUUUUAAUGCAUCAGCCUCAAUCCCAGAUAUCUGCUUCUACCCAGAGUAUUUCGUGUUCACCGGAGUGUUGGCGAUGGUGACCUGCGCGGUGUUCCUCAGACUAAACUCCAUUCUCAAGCUGGCCAUUCUGUUGAUCAUGAUCGCCAUCUACGCUCUGCUGACCGAAGCGCUUUACACGCCGUUAUUCAUCCGUUAUGACACGCUGGCACUGAAUCAGAGCAAAAGCUUCCUGGGAACCAAGGAAACAUCUCUGCUUCUCAUGGCAAUGUUCCUUUUAGCCGUCUUCUACCAUGGCCAACAGCUUGAGUAUACCGCUCGCCUUGACUUCCUGUGGCGUGUACAGGCGAAGGAAGAGAUAAAUGAGAUGCGAGAGCUGCGUGAACACAACGAGAACAUGCUCCGAAACAUUCUUCCAAGCCAUGUCGCCCGCCACUUCCUGGAGAAAGACAGAGACAAUGAGGAGCUCUACUCUCAGUCAUAUGACACCGUGGGAGUGAUGUUUGCCUCCAUCCCAGGCUUUGCUGAUUUUUACUCGCAGACGGAGAUGAACAAUCAGGGCGUGGAGUGUUUGCGACUCCUCAACGAGAUCAUCGCAGAUUUUGAUGAGCUCCUCGGUGAGGAGAGAUUUCAAGACAUAGAGAAGAUAAAAACCAUCGGCAGCACGUACAUGGCUGUGUCGGGAUUGUCUCCGGAAAAACAACAAUGCGAGGACAAAUGGGGGCAUCUGUGUGCACUGGCCGAUUUCGCCAUUGCUCUGAAUGAGAGCAUUCAGGAGAUCAACAAACAUUCGUUUAACAACUUCCAACUCAGAAUUGGUAUGGCACAUGGCUCUGUGGUGGCCGGAGUGAUCGGAGCUAAAAAGCCGCAGUACGAUAUUUGGGGGAAAACUGUAAACCUGGCGAGCCGCAUGGACAGCACGGGUGUCAGCGGGAAGAUCCAGCUCCCGGAGGAGACCUACGGCAUCCUGAACGAGCGUGGCUUUGCCUUCGAGUACCGCGGUGAGAUCUACGUGAAGGGCAUCAGCGAGCAGGAAGGAAAGAUCCGCACUCAUUUUCUGCUGGGCCGCGUGCAGCCCAACCCACUCAUCCUGCAACCACGAAAACUCACGGGCCAGUACUCGCUCGCCGCCGUGGUGCUCGGCCUGGUACAGUCCCUCAACCGCCAGAAACAGAAACAAAUUCUUAAUGAAAACAACAACUCAGGCAUCAUGAAGGGCCACUACAACCGCAGAACUCUGCUGGCGCCGGGCGGUUCGGAUAACAGUCACACCGAGGUGACGGACAAAAACGACUUGGCCUAGGAAUGGAGAUCAAGACUGUGUACAGUACCUAACCAAAAGACUGAGCUGUACCGAGUGUCUUUUGCUGUCUGUGUUUCUUUUUGUAUUUCUUUUAUAUUUGAAAACAAUA